AUGGAAACACUUCGAGUUCGAAACCUGGUGUUUCAUUUCGGUGUGGAGUUUUGUAGAUUGACUCUACUGCGUUGUUUUGCUGAAUAUGGUGUAGUGUAUGACAUUCUUAUUGAUGUUUCUCGUGGUGAAACACUCGUUUCAUACAUGGAAUCUGCAUCUGCCCAGGAUGCAUAUUUAAAAUUGAAUGGAUUUCUGCUUUUUGGUGAGGCAAUAGAGAUAAGUAUUACGACAGCUCCAGCUUCGGAUAUACCGGGGUGCCGUGUGACAUAUAGACCUUCUCAAUCUCUGAUCCUGCGGGGUGCCUCAUCUUUUUGGGUGGAGUUGAAUUUGAAGCAUGUUAAGGGAGUGAAGCAACUUGUGUCCAUUGAUUCAACCACCACCGUCGUUUCCUUUGAAAGCCAACGGAUAUCAACGAUGAUCAAGAAGUUGUUUGACGGGCGCAUUGACUAUUAUGGAAAACCCGUCUCGGUACUAUAUUUGAAACAGAUUUGA